UCUCUAACUUUCUCUCUCUAAAAUCUCCUCUAUAUAUAGGGAGUGUACCCACCCCAACAUGUGACCAUCUGCACACAUCUUCCUUCAGUGCGAUUUUGCAGCACUUUCUCUCUCUAACAAUCAUUUUCCUUCUUUCUCUCUCUCUCUAACACUUUGAACAAGAAGAGAGCUUCUGCCUCUGCAUCGAUACCGUAUUUGGAUCUUUGAGUGAGAAAGAGAAAGGAGAAAAUGGCCAAGAAUGUUGGAAUUCUCGCUAUGGACAUCUACUUUCCCCCUAGCUGUGUUCAACAGGAAGCAUUGGAGGCUCAUGAUGGAGCAAGCAAAGGGAAAUACACUAUCGGGCUUGGACAAGAUUGCAUGGCUUUUUGUUCUGAAGUUGAAGAUGUCAUCUCAAUGAGUUUGACAGUAGUUGAGAGUCUACUUGAGAAAUAUGGAAUUGACCCAAAACAAAUUGGUCGGUUGGAAGUAGGCAGUGAAACUGUGAUAGACAAGAGCAAAUCGAUUAAGACGUUCCUGAUGCAAAUCUUUGAGGCACAUGGCAAUACAGAUAUCGAAGGUGUUGACUCAUCUAACGCAUGCUAUGGAGGAACUGCAGCUUUAUUCAAUUGUGUCAAUUGGGUGGAGAGCAGCUCAUGGGAUGGACGCUAUGCUAUUGUUGUGUGCACGGACAGUGCGGUGUAUGCAGAAGGACCAGCACGGCCAACAGGUGGAGCAGCAGCUAUUGCUUUGCUGAUAGGCCCUGAUGCUCCAAUUGCUUUUGAAAGCAAAUACAGAGCAAGCCAUAUGUCUCAUGUCUAUGAUUUUUACAAGCCUGAUCUUGCGAGUGAAUAUCCGGUUGUUGAUGGAAAGCUUUCACAAACAUGUUAUCUCGUGGCCCUUGAUUCUUGCUACAAACAACUGUGUAAGAAGUAUGAGAAAUUGGAGGGCAAACCCUUCACAAUCUCUGAUGCUGAGUAUUUUGUUUUUCAUUCUCCAUAUAACAAGCUUGUACAGAAAAGUUUUGCUCGUUUGGUAUACAAUGAUGCUGUGAGAAAUGUCAGCUCCAUUGAUGAGGCUGGUAAAGAAAAGUUAGCACCAUUUGCAACCCUAUCUAGUGACGAGAGCUACCAAAGCCGUGAUCUUGAAAAGGCAUCCCAGCAAGUCGCUAAGCCCCUAUACGAUGCAAAGGUGCAACCAACUACUUUGAUACCGAAGCAAGUUGGAAACAUGUACACUGCAUCUCUUUACGCAGCAUUUGCAUCUUUAAUUCACGACAAAAGCAGCGAAUUGGAUGGGAAAAGAGUUAUGAUGUUCUCAUACGGCAGUGGCUUAACCUCUACAAUGUUCUCGUUGCAAUUCCGUGACGGUCAACAUCCCUUUAGCUUGGCAAACAUUGCCACUGUCAUGAAUGUUGGAGGGAAGUUGAAGUCAAGACACGAGGUGGUUCCAGAGAAGUUCAUUGAAACUUUGAAGCUAAUGGAGCACAGGUAUGGAGGCAAAGACUUUGUUACUAACAAGGACUGCAGCCUUCUUGAACCCGGCACGUACUAUCUUACCGAAGUCGAUUCCAAGUACCGGAGGUUCUAUGCCAAGAAGCCUGUGGAAGUUACCGGUGGAUCCACCGCUGCUGUGGCAAAUGGUCAUUAAGCUCUAGGUACAGGGCAUUUGUUUUGUGGUGUUAGAUGUGUGUAGUAUCCCAAUUAACUUUGUCUAUCUUCAAUUUCACAUGUUUAAAUAGUUUUAUUCGGCAAGCAAAAAGCGUUGUCAUUUUAUUAUUUAUUUUUUGGGAAAUUUGAUUUGUUGUAGUUUUUUUUUUUUAAUUUAGAAUGAGAUUGUCAAUAAAACCUUUACCGUUUCAAGAAGCAAAUAAAAGAAUAUUUCUUGUCCUGUC